CUUCGUGCAGAGCUAAAACUAAAAGGACUGAAUCAGUCUGCUUCCUCUCCUGCCCUGCGUCGCUGCUUUGUAGAUUACAAAACAGUUUUUAAUACUUCCUGUUGGCACAUCCACUGAAGAACGGUGGUUUAAGAAUACCCUAAACAUUCUGAGGACGUCCUCAAGAUGUACCAGACUGUGCCAGGAGGUACAGGGGAUGCCAACGUUGGCACCAGUACCAGCUACAGUCCUACCAGCAAGAGAGUGGGUAGACACGGGCGUCGAUUUAUUGUCGCAAGCAUACUAGGAGUAGUGUUAGUAAUUGCUGCUGUAGCAGCGUGGUGCGACUACACGGCCUCUCUCCGCAGGGCACAGCUUCUGAAAACUAAGCUACUGGACCUCAGCAAGGAUGGUUUCAUCAUUCGCAACCAGGCUGGAGCCGUCAUCUUCAAAAUGGCAUUUAAGUCAGGAACCCUCGACUUGGACUCCUGCUCAAGGGAAGGAGACACUCUCAGCUGUGAUCGUUCAAUGACAGGGAAACUGAAUUUCUUUAUUCAGACGGUGCAGCCGAAGGAUACUGUUUUGUGCUACCGCGUGCGCUGGGAAGAGCUAGAAGAAGACCGGCCUGUCGAACAUGCCAUGUCUUAUAAUGGCUCUCACUGGUACGGAGGAGCCGAAAGUUGGUUGCAGCAUUGGCCAAUUGUCACUCAAGGCCAACACGAACCCAAGCCCUUCAUCACUGGCGACAUCUACUCCGAUCCCCAAGCCUUUGGCUGUAUUUUGGAGCGCUAUUGGCUGUCAUCCAAUGCCACUGCCAUAAAAAUCAACGAUUCCGUCCCGUUCCACCUUGGCUGGGAUGAUAAGGAAGGAACUCUACGCUUCCAAGCAAGGUAUAACAAUACUCCUUACAAACCCAACCCUGGAAGACCUCCACGAGCUGAACUCAGCUACCGUGUCUGCGUUGGCUCGGAUGUCACUUCAAUACACAAAUACAUGGUGCGUCGGUACUUUAACAAACCCAACAAGGUUCCGUCAGAGUCAGUUUUCCGCCAGCCCAUCUGGUCCACGUGGGCCAUGUAUAAGACAGAAAUUGAUCAGGAGAAGCUGCUUAAGUAUGCGUCGGACAUCCAAAACCAUGGCUUCAACUGUAGCCAUCUAGAGUUGGAUGACCGUUACACCAGUGGUUAUGGUGAAUUUGAGUUUGAUCCUGUCAAGUUCCCUAAUGCCUCGGGUGCGUUUCAGAGUCUUAGAGAUUCUGGUUUCCAGAUCACACUUUGGAUCCAUCCCUUUGUCAACUAUAACACUACAAAUUUUGGCGUUGGAGUUGAGAAAGGGUUGUUUGUACGGGAACCGAGUGGUCAGUUGCCUGCAUUGAUCCGCUGGUGGAACGGAAUUGGUGGCAUCUUGGAUUUUACCAAUCCAGAGGCCCGAGAGUGGUACGCUUCAAAUCUGCGUGCAUUCAAGACAAAAUAUGGAGUGACUUCCUACAAGUUUGAUUCAGGAGAGGCGAGUUACUUGCCUCAGCUCUUCAGCACUUUUUCCCCUCUGCACGAUCCAAACACCUUCACUCGUCGCUACACUGAAAUGGCAAUUCCGUACAAUGACCAUGCUGAGCUGCGAUCGGGCUAUCAGUCUCAGAACAUCUCCUGCUUCUUCAGAAUCAUUGACCGUGAUUCUGUUUGGGGCUACGACAUGGGUCUCAAAUCCAUCAUCCCCACUGUGCUCACCAUCAGCAUCCUUGGAUACCAGUUCAUUCUACCAGACAUGAUUGGCGGGAACGCGUACCCGAAUCGCACCACGGGCGCACAGGGACUUCCAGACAGGGAGCUGUACAUCCGUUGGCUGGAACUCUCCGCGUUUUUGCCAGCCAUGCAGUUCUCCAUCCCACCUUGGGUCUAUGAUGAUGAAGUGGUAGAGAUUGCCAGGAAGUUCACGGCUCUUCACGAAACCCUUGUGGCCCCGCGAAUCAUAGAGCUGGCAGGGGAGGUUCUGCAAACUGGUGACCCCAUUAUACGGCCUCUUUGGUGGGUUGCUACUGAUGACGAAGCGGCUUACAAGAUUGACUCCCAGUUCCUCAUUGGGGAUGACCUCAUGGUGGCACCUGUACUAGAGCCAGGCAAGCAAGAAAGAGACAUCUACCUUCCGGCAGGUAGAUGGAGAAGCUACAAAGGGGAAUAUUUUGACAAAGGACCUAUGUAUCUUACUGAUUACCCAGUGGACUUGGAUGAGAUUGCCUAUUUUGUGUGGUCAGGAUAAUUAGACCAUUAGACCAAUCCUCUGAUCAUGGAACAAAUCAAAAAGCAAAAGGAAAUGGCCAGAGAAUGUUGAAAACUGAGGGAAGGUGAAUUCCAGCAAACCACAACCUCUCAUUUUCCACGUUUUGUUGCGUUUUGUCCAUGUGCCUUGCAAUGACGAUGCAAAAUGAUUUUUUUUUUUUUAAUGACCUUGUCAACUCAAUCAGAUUUCUCAAUCAAAUCUGCAGAGUCCAUAGGCCAAUAAUGCACACCAAAAUCAUGAGAUACAAUAUUUUCAUGACCUUAAAAAUAACUGCUUAUCACAUUCAGGACCAAAUGCUUACAUGUGAGUUGCACAAAUGGACUUUGAGCAUAUUGUAUAAAUCAUGAAAUGGACGCGUGAAUGUGCCCAAUGUAAUCCAGAACCACUUGGACAUCACAUUCCUUUAAUGUACUUUUAAAUGACCUUGCUCCAAUUGCAAUGGAUUGUGCAGAGAAUCUAUGAUUUUAAACAGUAAUUUUACUGUCAACAGUAAAUUUAGACACUCCUAGUCAAGAUUAAUAUGUAAAAUAUGUCAUUGGAGUAAUACAAAAAACACUCAAUGUAACACUGAAACUUGUAGGAUUUAAGGGAAUAUAUCUAUGCCUCAGCAAAUUCAAAUAUCUUUUAAACUUACUUAAAUUGUAAUGUAAACGUCUUUUGAGGGAUGAAUCCAUAAUUGAAGUCUGACUUCCUCGUGAAGAAAUCAUUCAGUGUUUCAUAUGCAUCUGUAUCUGUAAACUGACACGAGAAUUUGUUGUAGGUGCCAAAACAGAUGAUAUAUUGCAAAUCUACUGAAAACAAAGCCAGUUAAUCAGGGAAAGCUGUAAUAUGCACAAAUGUCAUUUCUCUGCUGUACUUGCUCCUUGCCUGGGUGUCUGCCUUGAAUUUUCACUGAGGGUGGGAAUACUUUGGAGUCUUGAGUACAUGCUCAGACAGACACAGAGGGCUUUUUACCUUAUUGUGUAUGAUGCUUUGUUUGAAGUUCAAACUUUAUGGUAUAAUUACCAUUGGCUGCUUAUCUUGAUUACUUGUCCAUGCAAAAGCUG